AAUGAGCAUGUCAGUCCGCACGAUGCUGGCCGUGUCCUUGGGCGUGCUAGUGUUGCUAGUGCUCGCUCAGCCCGCCCCUGCUAUUACCAUCCAUCCGGCCGUCCUCAAGAACUUCGUGGGUCCGUACCGCAAGCCCGGAGAGCCCGUCCUCCGGGGCCCGUUCUUCGACCGCUCCCGCGUCGUGCGGCAGCGCCUGAUGAAGCCCGUAUCCAUCCUGGCGAGGCGACCGGAGGCGGAGGUGUCGCCCCAGGAGAUCUUCCUCGGCGCCGUGGAGACUCCCGCGCAGCCCGAGGAGUGGAACAGAUCACUCAGGUCCUGCGCCGACACCGGAUCGUGUGCCCAGAACGUGGACAACACCCUCAACUAUCUCAUGCGCAUGAUGGAGACCGGCCGACGCUAAAAAGACCGUGCAUAUCAUACCUCUCAUCCUCAUGUUUACUUGUGUUCAUUUGUUAACAGUCAUGACUAGAGGGACGAGUCAAGAGUAGAGGUUGAUAUCUACGAAGCCGAAGUCCGAGACGCUGCGAAGUUUUCGAACGAGUUGUAAGAUUUUUUUUUUUUCCCCCUAAAGAAAGCGAGAGUUUACUUUGAUGACUGCGUCCGAAUCUGGACUUUCUGUCUAGACUUAAUCUUGCGAGCCUUGAAAUCUUCACUGCUAGGACGAUUUCCUUGUAUGUACCAUUAUUUAACAUUAUUUAUUACUUCCUCAAAAUAAUCAGAAGUAAUGCUACUUCUUAUAUUCUAGUCUCAUGGUAAUCAAAAUGUUAUUCCUAUGACUAAG